CGUCACUUCGGAGAACGCUUGGAAAACGGAAGCUACAGCGGUGUGAUGGGGUUGCUCGAUCGAAACGAAACGCAAGUGAUUUUGCGAACAGGAUAUUAUGCUCUCCGCACGAAUCUAUUCGACUAUACGGUACCCGUUUGGAAUACCAAGUACCGAUUGCAUAUAAAGUUAAAAUACGAAUACGACAACAGGUGGCUGUUGAGCAUGUUCACACGUGAAACUCUGUGCAUUCACAUCUUUCUAAUCCUGAUAUUUGCUGUCGCUGGUUACAUUUUUCAAUAUGGAUCACGCAAAAAUCGCAAAAGAAGUAAACAAUCAAAGUCAAGGAGUGGAUACUUCAAUUUCGCCGACCAUGUCUUUUACACAUAUUCCAUAAUGUGCUGUCAAGGAUAUCUUCCGCGAGGUUUUUGCGAUCAGAGCAAGAUAUUAUCCACAUCGAAAUUUUUAUUCGCUUGGUUGAUGCUGCUGGUUUUCAGCUCUAGUCUCAUUUAUCGAAUGACAAAUCGGACUAUGACACCACCGUUUGUCGAUUUUGACACGUUGUUGAAGCAAUCAAAAUACAACGUUCUAAUUUUCGAAGGAUCUAUAAUCUACGAAUUCGUAAAGAAUACCGUUCAUUUGCCAAUGUACGACAGUUACAAAUUAUCGGAACGUAUCUUCUUUGAAAAAAAUUUAAGUUUCAUAUACAAGGAAGUUUGUUUUGGCAAAAAAUUAAUCGCCAUUUUAGAGAACGAAAACAAAGCAUAUUUAAGAAGCAAAGAUUUCUGUCCGAUCGUACCAGUGGGAAAAAAUUAUUAUCAAACUUGGAUUGGAUUUGGUGUACCAAAAUAUUUUCCGUACAAACGUUCCAUCGACACGUCAAUAAUAAAAUUACACGAAGUUGGCCUAAUAGAUAUCUUGAAAGAUCGCUGGAUGAGCUAUCGCAGAAAUAAUAUAGAAAGGACUCCUUUCAAAAGGAUCGACAUAAAUCAAGUUUAUCUAAUUUUUGAGAUGCUUUUUAUUGGUAUUGUUCUUUCCCUCAUAAUACUUUCAUUCGAAAAUCUAAUAUUCUUUUGUAGAAAGGAGCUUACGUAAUUAAUGUUGUAACCAUGAUAAAUGGUAAUAAAUGAAAUAUGGUAAUACAAUAUUUUUCAGCCUCGUUUCUUUUUUCCUAAUUAAAAUAAAUAACAAACGAUAUUGAGUAAAUAUUCACAAAAGGGAACCAUCUCUA